UUUGGUGACCCAACUAGAUGUCAUCAUUGUCAUCUCUGCAAGGAGCUAGCGGCAAGCUGCUCAGGAGAAUUCAUCGCGCGUGUCGCCCGUCGCUGGACGAGCCGAAUGCUGCGUUGAACCUUGAGAUUUGCGACCUGAUAAACGAGAAGCAGGGAAAUCUUCCGCGCGAAGCAACAGUGGCAAUUGUGAAACUGAUCAACAGCAGAGAUCCGCAAGUUUCCGAAUUGGCUCUUUCGCUGCUUGAUUUUCUGGUCAAGAAUUGUGGAUAUCCGGUUCAUUUGCAAAUCUCAAGAAAGGAGUUUUUGAACGAGCUGGUGAAGAAGUUUCCGGAAAGGCCUCCGCCUGUCUACACCCGGACCCAGAGGCUGAUUCUGGGCACUAUUGCCGAGUGGGUCCAGACGAUCUGUAAGACCUCCCGUUACAAAGAGGACCUAGGAUACAUAAGAGACAUGCACAGGCUUCUCAGAAGCAAGGGAUAUGAGUUCCCUGCUGUCAAAAAGGAGGACGCAGCGGUCCUCAACCCAAGUGACAAUCUCAAGUCGAUAGAGGAGAUUCAGAGGGAGGAGAGGAUUGCACAGAGCGCCAAGUUGCAGGAGCUCAUCAGACGAGGCAGACCACAAGACCUGAAGGAGGCCAACGAGCUCAUGAAGAUCAUGUCUGGCUUCAAGCACGACGAGACUUUGGACGAGACCAGACAGCGAGUCAACGAGGACGUGGAGAAGGUCAGCAGGAAGGCCGAAAUUCUGGAAGAAAUGCUGAACAAUGCCACAAAUUCAGGAACUUUCGAUCCAUCGGAUGAAACCAUUUCUGAGCUAAUCAGCGCCCUGAAAGUUGCCCAGCCAAAGCUGCAAGUUUUGGUCCAGGAAGAGUCGGACGAUCAGGAGCAGGUCGGGCGGUUGCUUUCUCUGAACGACAAAAUCAACUCAAUUCUUCAAAAAGCAGACCUCUUGAAAGAAGGAGACAUGGCCAACGCUUCAAAAGUCAAGAUUUCAGGGGCAGGGUUCAACCUUAUUGAUUUUGACGACGAGCCUUCGCCUGCACCUUCCAACAACUCUGCCCCAGCUCCAACUUCAAACGACGCCAUUGCAGACCUUCUCGGGGAUCUUGGUGGACUGUCGUUUGAGCCUAAAAAGGGAACAAGCACGGGCAACGAGAGCGUUGGCAACUUGGGUGGAUUUGGUGCCAUUAAUUUGCUUGACACCAACACCAGAGAACAGUCUCCCUCGGUGGACAUUUUGUCUGGAUUCUCUUCUCCCGUGCAGAACACGGGAACGUCUCUGCAGCCUGCGCAAACCGCUGUUCAGCCAGCUGCCUUGGACCCAUUCCAGUUUGAUUUCGCCUCAGUGACCAGCCAAACCAGCACUGCAACGACAAUGGUGACGGACGGUAGCUUAAAGAUUGAUUAUGUCAUUGAUCAAAAACAACCUCUGUCGUUGACUUUCAAGUUUGGCAACACGUCCCCCCUAUCCACGCUCUCGAAAAUACAAUUCUCCAUUGCAGUGACGAAAAGCUUCGAGUUGACUAUGCUUCCUCCGUCCGGGUCGGCCAUUGGCCCCGGAUCCGGCACGGUGACCCAAAAGGUCACCAUCAAGCACAAGAACGGUGAGCCUUUCAACUCCACUAAAAUCAAAUUCAAGUGCGAUUAUGAGGAGAACGGCACUGCCAAGGAAACAAGCGGCGUCGCAACAAUUUCGUUUUAAACCAGGAUUUCUUCACAGACUGUAAGAAUAGAAUUAGACAUCAAACAUUGUAGUUGCAUUAUGCUAUACUCACUAAUAUACAAAGCGCUUCAUCUCAUGUUUUUCAUUGUCGGUGAAGACACGAAGCUGUUGUUUGCCGAUGACGGCACUGACGGCGACUGCUGGUUCACCACCGGCACCACAUUGGUUCCCGGUUGCGGUGAAAACCGUGUUGUAAUCGCCGACGAGUUCAUUUUUUUUGCAUUCGAUGGGGCAGACUGGGGAGUUGCCGACACAGGACUUUGUGGAUCUCCCUGCGGCUGCACCUGCUGCUGCCUUCUCUGUUGCUGUUGCAAUUGGUGUUGUCGCAAAACCUGGAUCUGUUUACGCUGCUGUGGAGUCAGAUUGGGGUUGUUGGCAAACAUAGCAAGCUGCUGCGGAGUCAAAGGUUGGCCGGCUUGCGCUGGCGGCGUCCCCUGAGACGUUUGGCCUUGUUUCGUCGGAGUGUUCAAUUGUCCGGCAAUUGCACCUCCGUUGGAAGGAGCCAGGGGCUGUUUACCAGGCUGCUGUGCCGUCUGGUCCGCAAUUCUGUUCUGAUUUUGCUGGUAGUUGGCUAGAUACGCCACCGCCAAACGCGUAACCUGUUCUUUGGGUAGAUUCGGGUUCUGAGUUUGGAUCUGGUUUAUGAUGGCAGACACUUGUGACGUGGUAAAGUUCACGCGCGACACAGGACGUGGAUGCUGAGAAAGCUGCGUGUUGCCAUGCAUGUCCUGGGGAGACGAUGCAUUGCUGCCCAUAGGCUGCACCUGGUACCCUUGAGGCGGUGCAAUGUUCAUUUGAGGCAUCUGCUCCGGAGACUGGCCCGGUUGCAACUGCACCUGCGAAAAAGCUUGAGGAGAAGACCCCGAAUUGCCCGCCGAUUGCAAAACUUGCUGGGGUGUUGGCGUAGAUACAGGGGAGCUCAUCGAUGAAGAGGGUGGUCUGCUUGGUUGUCUGGAAUUGUUGUUCUGCUGUUGUUGCAUCAUCUGCCGUUGACGUUGUAUCAUCAACUGCUGAACCUGCUUAGGUAGAGGCGCUCCACCAGGACCCGUUGGCAUCGGAAUGCCGCCCUGAUUCGCCUGCUGCUGGUAUACUUGUGGACUAUUAGCACGCAUUUGAGCCUGCUGUGCUUCGGGAGAAGCACUUGUCUGAGGGGCCAUUUUGUUGGGUAGCUGCCGUCUACCAUUCAUUGCCGCCUGCGCAGCAGCCGAUGAUCCAGGGUUGGAUUGGCCAUCGGUAGAAAACGGAGACUUGGCGGCACCUGUUGCUAGUUGACGAGCAUUAGGUGGAACACGCAGUCUGGUGAAAUUUCCAUUACCAGUCCCCUGAGCAUAAGCUUCCUGUAUUGCCCGAUCACGUUCGAACUUGAGCUUCGACAGUUGUUCAGGAGUUGGUGUGUCGCUUCUUUUCUCCUCUAUAUUAUUCUUUCUUUGCUGUUGAGAAGGCUUUUGAACAUUCUCGCGCUUCUUCAUCAACUUCCGCAUAGCGUCAAACAUGGAGCCCCAUCUGAGCCGUCUAUGCCCUCUUUGAAUAGAUUCUAUACCAACUCCAAGGGGGGAGAUCCGUCUUUUGGUAGAAAUCUGGACCUUGUGUGCUGCCUCCAGCCAUUCUUUGGCAGCCAUUGGAUACUGACCUCUCAUAUCGGAAAAUUGGAAUUUGUCAUUCAACUGAAUGUAUCUUUCAAAACACUGCCAUGGAGUGCGCCGCUCGAUGUUCGAUGUAUAGCUCCGUGUCGGUUUCGCGGACAAAUGAGCAGAAAUGAUGUUCCAAUUGAAUGAGAAAUCGGUCACAUACCUGAUGAGAUACUUGUCGUCCUGCGGGAGCCAGAUAGUUGGAAUGCGAAGCUCCAGAUUCUUGAUGGAGGGAGGAGAAGGGGGUUUCAAAAUGUUGAAACGCCUGUAAGCUGGAGAGAAUAAACCUUUCUGGUAAGGAACACUGUGUUUCUCUGUCUCCUUCUUUUUUUUCAAAACUAUCUUUUCCCAAUCUGGCUCCUCGUCAGCUGGAGGAAGCAUCGAAGAGAUGUGUCCGUAUUCACAGCGUUCGAUAAGAUGGUCCUUCUCAGAUUCUUUAAAUGGGGCGUAAGUAGACAAACAUUCAAUAACAGCUGUCUCAGUUUUGUUGAAUUGAUUUAAAUCCGCAUACAUCUUGAAUGGCUGAAUGUCUUCCCUAUGUCUUUUCACUCGUUCAUAUUCCUCACCAGAAUAAACGGUAUCAUUGAACGUAAGAAGAAGAGAUGGAUUGAUAGAAGGCUGCUCUUCUAUUGAAGCCUCGGUGUUCUGAGCAGGCUCUGUACUAUCGCUGGUAAUACCUUCCUUGGUCGUUUCCACAUUAUCCUCGGACACCUGCGUUUUAGCAUUCUCUUCCAACUCUGGUUUCACAGUGAUUGACUCGAUCUGCGCGGUAGCACCAUCAUCCAGUUUAUUGCCUUCAUCUUGGGUGGGCUCCGCUGGUUCUUCAGCUUUCUCUGGAACUUCAGCAGCCUCAGAACUUUUUGGAAGUUCCAAGUCUUUUGACAUUGUCCGUUCUUCGAUCUCUUUCUCAGUGAGAAGCCGAGCUGGUCUUCUUCGCACACAGCACACUUUACCAUAUUUCCAAAACUCCUUGAAGGCCUGGGCAAUGUAAUGGCAUUGUGCCAUUUUGAACCGUCUUUCCUGCUUGAAGUCAGUAGCCAGCCACUUCAUCUCCGACAAAAGAUAAUCCCAGUGCGUUUUCUUUCCGGUAGCCAAAAAGGGGUCCAAAAACUUCUUCGGCUGUCUCAGAGACCAACUGUGUUUGCGUUUCAAUUCCUCCAUGCGUGAAUACAAUACAGAAAUCUUCCCCUCUACCAAAGCUGUCUCAUAAGAGUCUGUCGUAAGCGACUUGUGAGCCCUAAGUAACAGCUUCGGUAGCUGUAAUGUUUGCUGGUGAUAAUACAGUUCUGUCAAGGAGCGAGCCUCUGGUACUUUAUGGGGCUUGAGCUCGGGCAUUAGCAUGAUCAUCAACUGAUCUAAGUCGAGAUUUUCAUAGUCCAAAUCGCGCUUAGACUUCUCGUCACUCCGUCUAGGCGGCUGGACUUGUUCAUAGGAGUGGAUCAGAGACGAUAGAGACCCUUCCUGACGAGACGGGUCUGAAAGUGCUUCUCUGGUGGCCAAUGCUGCUCCCUGUAUCUUCUUUUGUGCUUCCAGCAAACCCGGCUCCUGCUCGCUACCCUGAACUUCCACUUUCUGACGCUUUGUAGCAGGCUCCUUGAUCUCUGAUGUCUCUGUUGCGCUCUGAUUCUGGGGAGGCGAGAGUCGUCUCUGCUGGUUUUCAUGAGAUAAAAUGGCAAUGUUGAACUCAUGUCCAUUUUCCAAAUCGUUCUUUUCCAGAAAAGCCAUCAGCUUGUCCUCGAUCUGUAAAACCUGGUCAUUGGAUAUAGGCAGAAGCGGAAGACGCGAGACGCAAUAAAGCUCAGCCAGUUUGCGUUUCCUGUCAUUGAUCGCCUUGGUGCAUUCUUGACGUCGGCUCUCAAUGGCUUCAAGCCGGAUCCGAUCCAUGGAAAAAGAAGCACUGGAGCCGGAUGCUUUAGUCUCCACAAUGUCCGGUGCCAUUCUGUUCUGUAUGUUUUAGGUGUGCACCACCCAAUUUUAUCGUCGUACUUUGCGCCACUGGGGGGAAAUUAAGCACUUCAAAAACACGGAAAAACCAAGGGAAAGUGCGUUUUUUGGUGAUCACAAUUAGCUGUCGGUGCGAUUAGGGUGCUAAGCGCGCUUUAUAUACCGAGUCUCAACUAAUUUUCCCUGUUUUGCUGCUCAAUGAAUGGGUUCCCCAGCCUCCUCUAUACACGACAACUUUUUGUCGAAAAUUUUUUGUAGAAAUUGGGUGCGGAACGAUCGCAAAAACCUAACAUCUCUACACCUCAUCCGUGCACCGCGCAGCAGCGGCAAUCCCGCUAGGUGGUUGCGUCGUCCUCGACGAUCACCAGUGCGCGUCUUUUCCAGCGUUUGGUGCGUGUAAAUCUUGUGAGAGAGUCUGUGUUCGAAGGUUCUUCCCAGCUGUUGUUGUAAUAUAUCCACCCCUCUCCUGGCGCAAAAGAGUCGUCUGUUUUCCACUUAGCGUCCAGCCAUCUCCACCGGCACGUUGCUUGUGUAAUCUCUGGGAAUUGGAAACUUUCAAGAGAGUCCCACGACUUCUCUAAAUCUUCAGUGGUGAAAGGUCCGCGUUCAAAGGGUAGCAAGGUGUUGGACCAUCCAACCCCGAGCCAUCUUCGCUGAUUUUGCAGGAUAUGGAACUCUACAGUCUUGCCUGUUCCAAUAUUUGAGAUCUGGAAAUCAUUGAGCACUGUCAGUUCGAUGUUCUUAUCGACAAGCGAAAAUUUAAGACCUGUCGUAAACGUAAGUAUUUUGCGGAUGACGAUGCUUCUCCACAGAAGAUGCCGGGUUGCAACCGACCACGACGAGUAAAACGACAAACAUGCAACACCAAAUACAAGCAAAAAUGAUCUGACUGUGAAAAUUCGCGUCAUGAGCCAAAUGUAACAAGGCGUGAUAGCUAUAAGGCUGAAUCCUAGAUUGAAAUAGUCAGAACUGGAUAAGGACCCAAAAUAGCUGAAUGGCUCGACAAUAUAGCUGAAUCGUGCCUGUAGGUUGAUAAGCGUGUCAAUAAUUUCCUCAAUUGUGGGCGGGGCCGUCUCCGACCGCAAGUCGUCAAUGGUGGUCUUCAAGAACCACAGCGAGGCACACGUGCCUAAAGCUAUGAUUGUGGGUAGGACAGUGCACGCCACUACUGUCCAGUACUUGACCACCAUGAUGUAAAUUGCAAUGGCAAUAAAAUUGGUAUAAGGAUCAUCGUUUGUCCAGGUCAAAAAGGCAAGUACUUUAUCCAGUAAAAAGAUAACCGGGAAUGCCGCAUACAGUGCAGAUGUGAUCACCGGCGGCAUGUUGAGCAGUUGACCCUUUACUUUGGUAAGUGGACG